AUGACCGACCUGAAGCCGAUUCAAGCCGAAACACACCGCCCCUUUGUGCUAAUCGUCUGUCACUCCUUAACGGGACACCUCUCUCCCCUAAUCCGCAUAGCUACAGCCCUUCAUGCAUUAGGCUGGGAGACCUUCUUCUUAGGACCGACCGCGCACCGUCGAGGUAUAGAAGCGACCGGCGCCGUUUUUUUGCCUUUACGAGAAGAUGCCGACCUCGACGAUAAGGCGUAUUAUGAAAACCCACCUUUUCCUGAAUACGCAGCACUGCACUGGGCUGACCGCGUGCUGGUUGAUCUGCGCAAGCAGUGUCUUGACCCUCUUCCUACGCAAUGGUCCUGCUUCGUAGACGCCUUGAGAGUAUUGCAGACUCGUGAUCCGGAGCGCAAGAUUAUCUUAUUAGCCGAGGCGUUCUUCUAUGGUACUUUACCGCUGUUCUAUGGCGCAUCACUUCCCCAUGAUUUGAAAUUGGAAGAAAUUCUGUUGGGAUCAUUGUGCGUAUCGGUGACUAUACCUGCGAUCCGUAGUGUCGACUUACCGCCUGCUGGGUAUCCCUUCCCCUUUGACUCGUCACCAGACGGCCGCUACAAGGCCCGCCACCGAGUUGCAAAUCCCGGAGAACAGCCAUCCUCUCCUUCUCCUGCUCCUGCUCGUAAUAAUAAAACCCCUAACUUCCCUUGGUGGUCUGAACUCACAUUUAAUACCGCCCUUUCUACCCUUCUACCCUCAGAUCCGCGUCGCGCCGCAAAAAAGAAGGUUAUCGUCGUCGCGCAAGGUACCGUAGAGAUAAACCCCUACGAUUUGAUCGUACCUACACUGCGUGCCUUCGCUAACCGGUCGGACGUGCUGGUUGUUGCCAUUCUCGGGUGGAAGGAUGCCAACCUAUCUAGCUACGGUGUCGAUAUUGAGAUUCCGGUUAACGCUCGUAUUGCUAACUACCUUUCGUACGAUGCGGCACUAGCCCACGCUAACGUAUGGAUACAUAACGCGGGAUUCGGCGCUGUGAACCAUGGUAUUGCGAACGGGGUCCCCAUGGUAGUCGCGGGCGAAGGAAUGGAUAAAACGGAAAACUCGCGACGAGUAGCCUGGUCCGGGAUCGGAAUCGACCUUGGUUGCGCGAAACCAUCAGUUGAGCAGGUUAGAGGGGGCGUUGAACGCGUGCUAGAAGAUGAACGGUUUACAGAACGUGUGCGGGAGCUACGGAAACAAAGCCAGGAGAUAAACUGCUUCGAUAUGGUUCACAGUGAACUAGUUAGGAUAAUGAAAACACGGCCUGGCAUUAAGCAACGGGGUCUAGAAUCUUAA